CAACCAACCUUCCUUCAUCAACCACUCUUCUUCCUCCAUCAACCACCUACCUUCCUCCACCCUUCUUCCUUCAUCAAGUCCCCCUGCUGCAUCAGCUCGACAACUUCAGCUUCAUCAACAAGCUUCAGCGCCUGACUUGCCCGGCUCACCGCCUACCUCACUCUAUCUACUUCCAGCCCUGUCUCUUCGACCACCAACCUUCCUUCAUCAACCACCAACCUUCCUUCAUUAACGACCUUUCUUCCUACGCUUCUUCCUCCAUCAAGUCUUCCUGCUGCAUCAGCUGGACAACUUCAGCUUCAUCAACAAGCUUCAGCACCUGACUUGCCCGGCUCACCGCCUACCUCACUUUAUCUACUUACAACCUCGUCUCUUCGACCACCUUUCUUCCUCCAUCAACCACCUUUCUUCCUCCACCUUCCUUCCUCCACCUUCCUUCCUCCAUCUUCCUUCCUUCAUCAACAUCCAUCAUGAACAACGUCAGCCUGAGCCCGCUCGCGCCCUCUCCGCAGGCCGUGCAAGCCGCGCAGUCUUCCGUCGACCCAACUGUGCCGUUCGACGACAAGUUCUUGGAGGCCUUCGCCUCGCUGCUGGAGCAACUACCCAACGGCAGAGAGCCCACAUACAAUGACCGCAACCGCAUCAUCAAGCAGGCUCAUGCCCUCACCGAGUCGCUCUACUACCCCGCCGGCGCCCCUCUGAGCCCUGGCGAGAAGCAGCAGAAGGCCCUUACACGGGUCUUAUGCUACAUUAUGGCCGAGCAGCCCUGGCUGCAGAAGUGGAUCAGACCACAAGACGUCGAACGUAAACUCUCGCGCUUUGAGUGGGCUCCUGGCUCCCAGGCCCUGGCCCAAUCUUUUGGCUUCAUGGCCCCAGUUGAUGCCAUCAAGGGCGCCCGAGAGGAGCUGAAGCGUCAAGCCGACCUAGACGCCGCCGCAAACGUAGGCCCUAUAACCGACGAAGAGGCUCUUCAAGAGCAGGCCGCGCGCGACACUGCCGCGGAGGCCUCCACGGCGCACGCCGACCCUGCAAAGGGUAAGGGCAAAGCAGUCGCACGCGAUGCGCCAUUUGACGACAUCGAGGUCAUUUACGUCCCCGGCACUGUGUCCUCGGACGCCACAAAUGCCAUCGACCGCACCCAGAUCUACCCCAUUUCGGUCGAGAGCGUGGCGUGGCAGUUGGAGAACCACAUGUGCAAAGAUAUGACGCGCCCGUGGGACACCGCCUUCGAGAUCCUCCACGCAACGGCCCCCCAUCGCCUGCAGGAGAUCCAACACCAAGGCCGCUCAAUCAUCGACUUCGCGCCCCAUCUACUGGACAAUGACAACAUUUCGCUCCUCAUCGUCCUCUUAAUCAUCCCUCGAGCUGAAAUCUGCUCACGCUUCGCUGAGAGCGGGAUCCGUGUGGAGGGCUCCACCAUGUCCCACAGGAAGUCGGAACUGAUGAAACAUCUGCUAGGCUGGCUGACCCAAGAGGACAAAUGGGGCUUUGACUCGGCGGCCAACGAGCUCCAGAAGAAGAUCAAGGCGGUGUCGGCGACCCCUAAGAGCAGGACAAGUCGUCCCCGACAGUACCGCAAGGCGGUGGCUUCGUCCUCAACAACUCCCGGAAGUGGCCAGGCGACGUGGAUAAAUGGUGGUGGAAGCAACGGAAGCGGAUCUUUGGGCGGAAGCGUGAUGCAGGCUCCGGGCCCUGAUGGUGGAUCUUUGGGUCAGGCGGCGGGUGGAUAUGGUGGCUUCUUUGGACAUGGCGGUGUUGGUGGUUCUUCUGCUUCGGGUACCAAUGGCGGUCCUGGUGCUUCUCCUGGCGGAAGUGUGGCCCCUCCCCCUGGUUCUUCCGGUUAGUAGUUGUCCCGUUUAGAACGGGCUUCAUAUCAGCAUGCAGCGAGAGGAGUUCUGGGAAUAGUAGAUAGGGGUUCCUUCCAGCUUCAAUGAGGCCAAACAUGCAGUC